UAGCCUUAAGAAAAAUGAGAUGAGCAAAAAUUGCCUAAAAUGGUGGUUUGCUAAUGUCAACAAACACAAAUCUUGGCCAUGCAAGUAAAACCGUUGGCCACAAGAGUAAACAAAUGAAACAAAAGAGAAGAAAAAAAACAGACAUUAAAGGAGAGAGAAAUGAGGAGAUUGUGAAUUAAAAACAAAGAAAUUGUCAAAGAAGAAACCGGUAAUUUCAAUUGAAAAAAAAAAAAAAAAAGGAAGAAGAAAAAACAUCUUUCCCAAUUUUUAUUUCCUUCCUUUCAACUCUCCAUGAUCAUAAAUUCAUAAUGAUAAUAAUAAUCUGAGAUCUCAUUCUGACACCAAUCUAAAAAGAUUUUAUUUCUUUCAAGAAAAUUCCAAGACCCAGUUUUCUUUUUGUUAUCCAUUUGCCCCUCUGUGAUCCCCUGAUCCAGGAACAAACUCUGUCACAAUCAAUCUUAUAUGGGUUUUUACAGCUAAGGCUGCUGUCGAAAGGUGACACGCCCAUGGAAGGUCCAAAUAAAUUUGACCCAGGUUCAAGAUUGUAAGUGGUGGUGUAAAAAUGGUUAAGCCUUGUUGGAAACCUUUGGUGGAGGGUGAUGGACGUAGGUGGGGAAGAGACGGCAGCCGUCGAUGGGGUGAUCCGAAUGGAAGGGUUGAUGGAUUGUUUUGGUAUAAGGAUUUGGGACCUCAUGUCAAUGGAGAGUUUUCAAUGGCAGUGAUCCAAGCCAAUAAUUUGUUGGAGGAUCAGAGCCAGCUUGAAUCAGGGCCAUUGAGUUCGCUUAGUUCAGGGCCAUAUGGUACUUUCGUCGGAGUCUAUGAUGGACAUGGUGGACCAGAGACAUCAAGAUUUGUAAACGAAAAACUAUUCCCCAAUCUCAAGAAAAUUGCCUCUGAGCAUCAAGAGAUAUCUGCUGAUGUUGUUAAAAAGGCUUUCUUGGCAACUGAGGAGGAAUUUCUUUCUCUAGUGAGACAGCAAUGGCUCGAUAAACCUCAAAUUGCGUCAGUGGGAACAUGUUGUUUGGUCGGGGUAAUAUGCAAUGGACUUCUUUAUAUUGCCAAUGCUGGAGAUUCCCGUGUUGUGUUAGGCAGGGUAGAUAAAGCUGUUAAAGGAGUUACGGCUAUUCAAUUAUCAACAGAGCACAAUGCUAAUCUUGAGUCUGUUCGGGCCGAACUAAGAUUAUUGCAUCCCGAUGAUCCACAGAUCGUGGUUCCAAAGCACAAAGUUUGGCGCGUGAAGGGUAUUAUACAGGUCUCAAGAUCUAUUGGCGAUGCCUAUCUUAAGAAGUCGGAGUUCAAUAAAGAACCACUAUUGGCAAGAUUUAGGCUAUCCAAACCCUUCUAUAAACCAAUCCUAAGUGCAGAGCCAUCGAUAUUUAUACACAAGCUCAAUCCCAAGGAUCAGUUUCUCAUAUUUGCUUCUGAUGGUUUAUGGGAGCAUCUUAGCAACCAGGAAGCUGUCGAUAUUGUCCACAGCUAUCCCCGUCAAGGGAUUGCUCGGAGACUUGUUAAAGCUGCUCUUUGUGUGGCAGCGAAGAAAAGAGAAAUGAGAUACUCAGACUUGAAGAAGAUCGAUAGAGGUGUAAGGAGACAUUUCCACGAUGAUAUCACAGUCGUGGUCAUCUUUCUUGAUCCGUGUUCUAUGAAUAGAACACCUUCUCGCAGUUCGAGUUUUUCGAUUAGAUCCGGAGGAGGUGUUCCUACAUCUGCUAAUUCAUAGUUUUAUGCAAUCCUUUAUUUCUUACUAUGAUCAGUUUCUUCCAAAUUUAUAAAUAUGGGAAAAGUAAUUGCAAGAAUUUUCUUGUUCUGUUAUAUGCUUUUGAUUACUUCCAUUAUGUUCAAGAAUGAUAAUUGUAGUAAUUAGAAGACUUCAUUGGCUUUCAAGAUCAUCGGUGGGGAAAUUAGAAUAAUGUUAGUGUCAAAUACUUGUUUAGGUGGCAACUACACCACUGGUGCUAGAUAUGAUUAUUCGGAAAAAUAUAACAAAGAUUUCAGAUCUCCA